CAUGUCAGCAGAAUAAAAUGUUAAGCCUUCUCUAAUAAGGAACAAAUUAAUCAAUUGGGGAUUAAAAUAAAUGAUUUAUAUGGUUAAUAUAUUGCACUGAUUUAGGUUACUGAAUCUGGCAGCAAAAGCUGUUGUUUUAAGGGGGGUGGUACAAAGUUUCAGGUUGAUCCUGUGGUUCCCUCCCACCACCUUCUAACAUGUAUAUAAAUUGUCAGCUCUCCAGACCCUUUGCCAGUUCUCUCUUCUAGACUUGCCAGAAGCAACAGAGGACUAAAGAUGAAGAUCUUUUUCUUAUUCACCUUUUUGACUUUUUUGUUGUCUGCUUUCGAGCAAGCAGCUGCUUUUGCUCACUAUGACAAGAUUUUAACUCAUAGUCGAAUAAGGGCACGCGACCAGGGCCCAAAUGUCUGUGCUCUUCAGCAAGUUAUGGGAACAAAAAAGAAAUACUUCAGCACUUGCAGAAACUGGUACCAGCAAGCCAUCUGUGGAAAGAAAGCAACUGUUUUAUAUGAGUGCUGUCCUGGCUAUAUGAAGAUGGAUGGUACAAGAGGAUGUCCUGCAGUUGCUCCUAUUGAUCAUGUAUAUGGUACACUCGGUAUUGUGGGAGCUACCUCCACACAGCGGUACUCUGACAUAUCAAAACUAAGAGAAGAAAUAGAGGGACGAGGAUCAUUCACUUUAUUUGCACCAAGCAAUGAAGCCUGGGACCAAUUAGAUUCAGAAAUUCACAGGAAUUUGGUUGACAAUGUAAAUAUUGAACUGUAUAAUGCUCUCCACCACCACAUGUUAAACAAGCGCAUGUUGACAAAAGAUCUUAAGAAUGGCAUGACCCUGGUGUCUAUGUAUAAUGGCCAGAAAUUGCUUAUUAACCAUUAUCCUAAUGGGGUUGUUACUGUUAACUGUGCCAGGAUCAUCCAUGGCAACCAGAUUGCUACCAAUGGUGUUGUCCAUGUCAUUGAUCGUGUCCUGACUGCUGUUGGAAAUACCAUUCAAGAUUUCAUUGAAGUUGAGGAUGAUCUUUCAUCGUUUAGAGCUCCUGCCAUUACAUCAGGUGUCUUGGAUAUUCUUGGAAGACCUGGUCAUUACACACUCUUUGCUCCUACUAAUGAAGCUUUUGAGAGACUUCCAAGGGGAGUUUUAGAAAGAAUCCUGGGUGACAAGGUGGCUUCUGAAGCUCUUGUGAAGUUUCAUAUACUAAAUACUCUCCAGUGCUCAGAAGCCAUCACAGGUGGAGCUGUCUAUGAAACCUUGGAAGGAAACACUGUUGAAGUUGGUUGUGAUGGUGAAAGUCUGACUGUGAAUGGAGUGAAAAUGGUGAAACGCAAAGAUAUUGUAACAAGCAAUGGCGUUAUCCACCUCAUCGAUCAAGUGCUAAUUCCUGAUUCUGCCAAACAAGUCAUUGAGCUUGGGGGUGCUCAGCAGACUACAUUUACGGACCUGGUGGCACAGCUAGGUCUGGCAUCUUCUCUAAGGCCAGAAGGCCAGUACACUCUCCUGGCACCUGUGAACGGUGCUUUCUCAGAUGACACCUUAAGGCUGGACCAACGUCUUCUUAAAACAAUCCUGCAGAAUCACAUUAUAAAAGUGAAAGUUGGGCUCAAUGAACUGUACAAUGGACAAGAGCUGGAAACCAUUGGAGGAAAACUACUUAGAGUCUUCGUGUAUCGCACAGCUGUAUGUAUUGAAAAUUCAUGCAUGGUCAGAGGAAGCAAAGAAGGAAGAAAUGGUUUUAUUCACAUCUUCAGACAGAUCAUCAAUCCAGCAGAAAAAACCUUGCAUGAAAUGCUGAGAAAUGAUAAGCGUUUUAGUGUUUUCCUCAGUCUGGUGAAAGCUGCAGAUUUGGAUGAUGUUCUGUCACGGCCUGGACAGUGGACUCUCUUUGUCCCAACUAAUGAUGCCUUUAAAGGUCUGACUGAUGAUGACAAGGACAUACUGAUAAGAGACAAAAAUGCUCUCAGGAAUAUUCUUCUUUACCACUUGACACAAGGAGUUUUCAUUGGAAGUGGCUUUGAGCCUGGUGUAACAAAUAUUCUUAAAACUAUCCAAGGAGGCAAACUCUACUUGAAAACAGUGAAUGAUACUCUUCUUGUUAAUGAACUGAAAUCAAGAGAAUCUGAUCUCAUGGCAACAAAUGGUGUCAUUCAUGUCAUUGACAAACUCCUAUAUCCAGCAGAACUGCCUGUUGGAAAUGAUCAGCUGCUCACAAUACUGAAGAAGUUGAUUAAAUACAUUCAAAUUAAGUUUGUUCGUGACAGUACCUUCAAAGAGAUUCCACUGACAUUUUACAAAAUUAACAUAAUUGAAAGCAACGUCCAGCCUAUCAUCACAAAGGAAGACCCAUCUAUCACACAGCUCACUAAAUUAAUUGAAGGGGAACCUGAGUUCAAAAUAGUAAGGGAAGGGGAGACAAUAACAAAAGUGAUUCAUGGAGAACCAAUUAUUAAAACAUACACCAAAAUCAUUGAUGGACGACCUGUGGAAGUGACAGAGAAAAAGGUAACAGAAGAACGAAUUAUUCAAGGUCCUGAAAUAAAAUAUACCAGAAUUACCGCAGGGGGUUCAGACAAUGAAGAGAAGCUAAAGAAAAUCCUUGAAGAAGAGGUUACCAAAGUGACCAAAUUUAUUGAAGGUGAUGGUCAUUUACUGGAAGAUGAAGAAAUCAAAAGACUUCUGCAGGGAGCUGGAACUGAGUACACCAAGGUUACUAAAGUAAUUGAGGGAGAGCCACAGAUUAUCGAAAGAGAAAUCAAGAAAGUUCAUCUGGAAGGUUAGUUUGUCAAAAACUCAGUAUCGCUAAGACCUUCUUUUGUCCAAAAUGGUCAUUCCACAUGAGGUUUUACAUUCAUAAAAAUUAUUAGGUCUGAAGCCAGCAGUUUAGUAAGAAGAAUUUUAUAAUUGUUUUGCAAAAUAAUUCUUUCACUGACGUUGCAAAGAAAAAUCCUCAGGCUUAUCUUGUGGCUAAAAGUAACUAAAAGAUUUGGCUAGCACAGCAGACAAGAGGAAAUGCCUAACCACAAAGCUUAGGUAAAACAUUUGAAGGAACAUGCACCAUAAAGAAUUUACUUUUCUUUAAGCAGCACAUACAGAAGAAGACCACGUGAGUUGCUUUUAACUUGAGUUAUUUCUUGUCUGUGUAAAUGUGAUCUGUUGCUGCCAGGGUUUCUCAGCAUUGUGAAGGAGUGGGUGGGUUGCAGGGAAUAUAACCUCUGGGGUUGAGUAAAUAUCUCACAGGGCCUUGGAAUUUCUUUACCUUUGUCCUGUUGUUAAAUGAGGGAAGCUCUUGAUUUGAAAAACCAGAAUGGAAUAAAAGUUCAAAAGGAGCCAAAUAGAAUUCACUCUGCCUUUAUACCAGCAAUUCAUUCUUCAAGUUUAACAACCAUUGUUUAAUGAUCUUCAUUCAAAGUUCAGAAGUAAUUUGGUUAGGGUUUCUUUUGUAUUUAUGUCUUUUUCAAAUUCUAAUUCUCAUAAUGCAGAAAAGGUUAUUCUGUCAGCCUUUGAACUAAAUACACAGGAAAAAAAUAUGCCUUUUUUUUAGAAUGAAAUGAAAUAAAUGUGUCUCUGCCUUUUUAAUUUUGAAGUCUGUGCCAAAUAGUGAAGGUUUAUACAGUGUUUGUACAGCUUUAGUGCUGAGUAGUACAAGGAAUGCUGGGGAGUCAUUUAUUGCCUGAAAAUGACAGAUGGGUGUGAUCUUCAAACACGAGGCUUAUCUGAAAGCUUAAUUGUAUGGACAGCACAUAAGUAUGGAAAGCAUACUUUGGAUGGACCAUAUUCUGUCCUUGUCAGGGCAGUGGAGAGCUUGGAAUUUUCUGCCACGGUGGUGCAGAUAGCCAGUGUUUAGUCUCGGCUGGAAUGAAGUCAAGCCUGUAUCUCAGGGCUAUGCAUUUACAUGCAUAUACCCUGUACAUCAGGAUGAAAAGAGAACUGGCUGCAGCUUGUUAAGUGAAUACACAAGUACUUCAUGGUUGUAAGGAAGGAAAAAUUACUGCAGUAAUAUUUCUGUGGCAGUGACAGAAGAAUAUGCUUGUGAUAUGUUUUUCCUCCCAAUGACGAGACAUCUGGUUAAAAAAACAGUCUCAAGGCUUGAUGAGAAAAGGGAAACAUGUCCACGAUUUCCUGAAUAAGUGAAAGAAAAAGGUUAUCUAUAAUGGGGGUGGUACCUAUCCAAUAGCCCUUGCUCUGCUCCACCUUUUACCUGAGAAAAUUUACUGAACCCUAAAUGUGGAAUUGUACUGUGGACUCACAAUUACAGUUACAAAUCAAGCUCUGAACACAGCUGGAAAUGUGGCCAACACCUUGUGAUGGUUUCAAGCAUUUCAGUUUUGAGUAAUUCCUGAAGUAAUGUCAAUGCAACAGACCUGGACAUCUGCUGCCAAAGGCUGAGACUGAGUCCUGUGCCUUAGCCUGAGCUUGUACUUCACUGGAAGUGUCACAUGGUGUUUGAUGAAAGAAGAGUGUGGACAAAAUGCCCUGACACCUGCCUACGUCAUGUAACCAUUUAUAGAAGAUCAGUACAGAUAAUGGAUUAAUUCUGAUGUUCAAAAUGUAAAAAUACUUUUUAAAUGUUACUAAGAUUUAACAGAUGACUGCACAUGAAAAAAAUAUUUCAGGUGAUCAAGCCAACAUGUUUCUGGAACAAAAUUCUUAAUUUACUGAAAAAUUUAAAGAACAAACUUCUAAAGUCAGCAAUGAGUUUCUAAUAUUUCUAAUGAGUUUUAAUUCAAAGGCUUCAGCAAAUAACUUCUGACUGCAA